AUGAUCCAGGACAAACCCGCCGUCGUCUGCGUCUUCUGCGGCUCAACAGCAGGCAAAGACCCGGUCCACAUCGAGGCAGCCCGAACGCUGGCCUAUGAAUUCCAUAAGAACAAUGUCCAACUAGUCUACGGCGGCGGCGCAACCGGCCUAAUGGGCGAAAUUGCCAAAACCCUCGUCUCCCUCUCUGGCCCAGAAGCCGUGCACGGCAUCAUCCCAAAAGCCCUGGUCAAAAUCGCCACCAAGUCAGCCAAUAAUGUCAGCAACGGGUCGUCCAGCGAAGGCAAAGCCGCCGAACGAGUCGUCUCCGACAUUGAAUCAGACGGUAUCCCGGAGUCAGAGUACGGGAUGACGACAAUCGUACCAGACAUGCACACGCGCAAGCGUCUGAUGGCGACGAAGGUGCUUGAAGGCGGACCCGGGUCGGGCUUUGUGUCCCUCGCUGGCGGGUUCGGGACGAUUGAGGAGGUGAUGGAGAUGACGACGUGGAACCAGCUGGGGAUCCAUCGGGUUGGAGUUGUGUUGUUGAAUGUGAAUGGGUAUUGGGAUGGGUUGUUGUCGUGGGUGCGCAAUGCUGUGUCGGAGGGGUUCAUCACUAGGGAGAAUGGGGCUAUUCUGGCGGAGGCGCGGGAUGCUACGGAGGUUUGGCCUAAGCUUUUGGCUUAUCAGUGUAGUAGUGAUCGGAUGCUGUUGAAUUGGGGGGAGGAGUGA